GUAAUGAGCAGUCGCUGAUUGGGAUCAGGCAGAAGCAUAGUCGAGAACAAGCCAAGGUCGGUAAUGAGCAGUCGCUGGUUGGGAUCAGGCAGAAGCGUAGUCGAGAACAAGCCAAGGUCGGUAAUGAGCAGUCGCAGGUUGGGAUCAGGCAGAAGCGUAGUCGAGAACAAGCCAAGGUCGGUAAUGAGCAGUCGCAGGUUGGGAUCAAGCAGAAGCGUAGUCGAGAACAAGCCAAGGUCGGUAACGAGCAGUCGCAGGUUGGGAUCAGGCAGAAGCGUAGUCGAGAACAAGCCAAGGUCGGUAAUGAGCAGUCGCAGGUUGGGAUCAGGCAGAAGCAUAGUCAAGAACAAGCCAAGAACGGUAAUGAGCAGUCGCAGGUUGGGAUCAGGCAGAAGCGUAGUCGAGAACGAGCCAAGUCGGUAAAGAGCAGUCGCAGGUUGGGAUCAGGCAGAAGCGUAGUCGAGAACAAGCCAAGGUUGGUAAUGAGCAGUCACAGGUUGGGAUCAGGCAGAAGCGUAGUCCAGAACAAGCCAAGAACGGUAAUGAGCAGUCGCAGGAAAAUAUGGAUCAGGCAGAAGUGUAAGGAGCAGUGGCUAAACAAAAUCCAAGGUUGGUAAUGAGCAGAGACUUGUAUCAGGAAG